AUGAUGGUAGAUGAUUGGUGUUUUGCUUUGACUUUGAAAUGUAAUACUGUUGGUCACUCGAAGGAUGGGAGGAGUGGCACAUUUGUCAUAGGCAAUGACCGUUGCCCUGCAUCGCUCUUGGAUCUUCCUUGCAUUUUGGAGUCCUACAAAACUUAUGAUGAUAGUGUGCUCAUUAAAACUGCAGACAUUGGCCAAAUGAUCAUGGUGACAGAAGAGGGUGAUUCCGUUCCAGAUGUGGUGGAGUACAGCCAUGGCCUUACACCUCCGAUGAGGGAUGCUCAAAGGCGAAGAUUUCGUAGAGAACCAGAUCUAAAUCCUGAACUUGUGCGGCGAGUUGAGAAAGAUCUGCUAAAUAUCAUGGCUGGUGGAACAGCUGAGAAUUUUGAUAUCCUUUGCUGGAUUCCAGGUUCCAAUCAGUAUACUGGUUCACCUAUUGAAGUUGCAGAGCAGGAGGAAGAUGGUGAGGAGAAUGCUCGUAAUGCUAGUAAAAAAGCUGCACCUACACCUGCAGCAAAGCCUGGUGGUCAAGAGGCCCGACCAAAUCCCAAGGAGCCUGAUGGAUGUGAUUCUGAUGAGUCUGAUGAUUCAUUAAAAACUCAAGUCUGA